UUACGAUAGGAUUUUACCGGUCAUUUCUAAUAUUUAUAUUUAUAAGAGCUGUUAUGCGAAGUUCUUUAUGCUUGCUUUUUGCACCGGCGAGGCGACGUUAAUCCAGGACUGUGAAUUACCUACAUUAGCCUUGGACAGGAUUUUCAAGAGCACUUUUACGUCACUGAUGUUGGGCUGGAUUGGUGGUUUAUGUUGCAAGAUGCUUGAAAAGGAAGAAUAUCGCAAGGUGGCGACAAGCGAUGGAAAAACUUACAUCUUGUGUGAGCGCCUGGACAUGAUCCCAGAUAUUGAAGAGGAACUGCUAUCGGGGGCCACAGUGUCUGUCCGGUGCUCACCAACCGAAGAAAGCGCCCUGCAGUGGCUCAGACUGUUCGAGAGUGCCACGAAGACGUCUUUUUCGACGCUGGCCACCGCAAAAGGGAAGCAGAAGAACGCCUGGGUGCUGCUUCACAAACGAGUGCAAUGCCAUCGCUACGGCCGAGCACCGGCCGCGGGAAAGGCAAAGAAGAGUGCGCGAGACGCCGGCUGUCAAGUCAUCUUGCACUUGAGGGUCCGCAAGGUGUCUUUUGAGAACUCCCGCCACUCGGGAAGCAGGUCCACGAAGCCGGACGCCGGGUAUGCUCUGAGGGUCCAGAGCAAUGGUAAAACUCACAAUCACGCUGUGGAUUCGGCGGCGGCACUCAAGUUCCGGCGCGUCAGCGAGGCCACCCGGGAGCGGCUGGUGGAUCUUUUCCGCCAUCACCACUCACCCUCCACCGCCCUUAAAACGCUCAGGGCGCAGCUCCAGGCUGAGCACGGAGAGCAGUACUGCACGGUUUCCGCGGAUCGUGCCGUUCUCCCGGAUCUGGGCUACGCCAACAGGCUCUACCAGAAGGUGUUGGUCGAGGAGCACGGUGGCCUUCCAGCGGCCACCGACACAGCCGCUGCUGGCCCGACCGCCGUGGCUGCAGCGGGUCCAAAAGGCGAUCUGCUGCGCCGGAUGGAGGACUCUCUCGCCGAGUUCUCCCGACACGUGCUCGAGCAGGCCGCGAAGCCAGGGCAGCUGGAGACCUGGCACCGCGCCGUCGACGCAAUGACGACAAAAUACAGCUGCAUGACCACGGCGGGACGGGUGUCUGCGCUGUGUAACUUCGGCGCCGUGCCUGGCGGCGGACGGUCCGGGAGCCGCAGCGGCGUGCAGCGGAACAGUGCCGCCCGCCGCGGCAGGUCGGCCCGCCUUCGAGACAAGGCCCGCGCGAGCCCAGACCGGCCGCCCAACAGCAAGCCGGCAGACGAGCGCAGUGUCAAAAUUGUCAUUUUCAGUCCUUGUCCCAAAGAAUAAAGUCUGGCCGGAGAGCAGCA